ACCUAGAUAGGUAAUAAGUAUAUUAUCUUAUCGCUAUCACCCGACUGUCUCUUUAUAACUAUAAAUACGCAGGGAUGCGUUGACUUAUCAUGUUUUGCAACAGUUAUAGUCGACCUAGUACUGUGGUGAAUCUAUUAUAAUUCAAAGAUGAAAGCCGUAUUUCUUUUUGCGUUGGUCGCUGUGCUGGGUAUCACCCACAGUGCAGUAGUUAAGGCCCCCCUGCCCGAACCAGCCUCGGCACCUGCCCUGAGGUACAACCUCAACUUGGGGUACGUCAGCGCUGGAGAUAGGCUGCUGCAAAGAUCAUACCUAUACCAGCCAGCGAUUCCCAAUGCAGUCCAGUACCAAGACUACAUUUUCCGUGGGAACGCAACCAACAGAAUAACCGCUAUCCAAGCUAACGAAGUUGGCUACACACAGUAUGCCAAUCCUUACCUCAUUGCAGGAGGCUUAGGGUACAAUAAUGUGACUAUCAGGGUACAGUCCGCCAGAGGCUACGGUUUCUAUUAUUUGAUUGAUAUUUGGGGCCGAUAAAAAAAUACUCUCUCUAUGAACUCAUAGACUAUAUUUUAUAUAGAUUAGGUGUUCGUAGUUUAAAUGGCUGUACGUAACGGACUCUAACAAAUCUCUUUGUCUUUCCUCAUUAUUAAGCUAAAACAAUACAGAUGUUUAAAUAAAUUUUAGAAGAAACUGAGAAAUUUAAUAUGUUUUUUAUACGAUCGUUUGAUCAAUUGUCUACAAAUUAUUCUUUUUGAUAAAUAAAUGUUGUUUUCAAGUUUA